GUUUCGCGACGAGAAAAAACAAGCGAUUACCGGACCAGACUGCACCGGUUUUUCCGACCAGGAAAGGAACUGAAACAUGAAGCUUCUUGAAGGAACUGAAACUGGAAAAGCGACUCAGAAAAAUAAUAGAAAGCUUCUGAAACCGCAGGUGGAGAAGCGUCGCAGGGAGAGAAUGAACCGCAGUCUGGAGAGUCUCAGAGCGCUGCUGUUGCAGGGGUCCCAGCACCAGGCGCUGUUGAGUGGUCGAGUGGAGAAAGCAGAAGUCCUGGAGCACAGCGUGCUCUUCCUGCAGAGUGUGGGCCACAGAGGGGCAGCUGAAGGCAGGCAUCAGCAGGACUUCCAGGACGGGUUCUCCCGCUGCCUGCAGCGAGCUGCGCACUUCCUGCGGGACAACAGGGAGGGAGCGCUGAGCUCCGCCCUCUCCCAUCGCCUGACGCACCCUGGCCAGGUCCCCAGAGCUCCCAUCAGCCCCCGCUCUACCCACGCUCAGCCCAAGGGACAGUGUGCCCAGCUGGGGGUGCAGAACUGCCCCUGCAACCAGCAGCAUGGAGCCCCCCUCAGGAAUAACCCCCCCCACCAACGCACAGCACACCCCAACCUGCCCCAGCGCCCCCACAGAGAGGCUCUCACACCCCCCACAAACAGCCCCUCUCUCUGGAGGCCCUGGCCCUGA